AAGCAGGAACUCUGUUUCUGUUCACAUUGUAACGAGUUCCUGGAGCGAUUUGAGACUUUAACUGCAGAGGAUCAGCUGGAAUAAACACAGUUGGUUCCAGUCAACAUGUUUCUUCUUCUGAGUGUUUUCUUCCUCCCAGCUGUUUUGGUUCUUUGUGCCGAUCCAGAAGAACAUCUCCUCAUCACUGCACCGAGGAGUCUGGAAGCAGUGAAUGGAUCCUGUUUGAUUAUCCCGUGUCGCUUUGAAGCUCUUGAUAAGGAAAAGUUUAACAACUCAAGAAAAAUAGUUGCAUUGUGGAUUAAAGAUGAAUCAAAUUUUGAGGAUCAUCCAGAAAGAGUAGUUUUUAACAGCAGUGAUGCAGUUAACUACCCUUAUAUCAGCAUCAUCGGAGACCUGAAAGAAAGAAACUGCACCACCAAGUUUAAUAGAUUACCUUUAAAAGACACAACGUUUUACUUUAGAAUUGAGAAUGAAUCAUUCAAAGCUACAGCUGCUUUUGAUCCUGUUGAAAUUCAACUGAAAGGUUCUCCUCCGAGGCCCAGAUUAGAAUACUCAGGUGGUCUGAAGGACCUGAAGGAGAAGGAGUCUGUCACGAUAACCUGCUCAGCUCUCACUCCCUGUCCACACUCCCCUCCUCAACUCACCUGGAGCCUCCAACAAGACGCUCACAGCCAAACUGAGGAAAACACAGACGGAACCUUCAGCACUAAGAUCCAGAAGACCACCACUCUGUCAGACACACAUGAUGUAUUGAAGAUCAGCUGCUCUGCUGUGUAUCCUGCUGAUGGAGGAGAAGCUGUGAAAACACCUGAGACAGAGUUAACUCUCAGUGUUUCAUAUGAACUGAGUUUUGGACUCGUCUUCAAAACACUGAUGAUCCUUCAAGUUGUCGCUCUCUACUGUACAGUCGUGAUCUUUGAGUGCUGGUUCAGAUGGAGCCGCAAACAAGUGAAGGACUCGCCAGAAGCAGACUACGUCAACACAGUGAAUGUAAAUCCGGCAUAAAUGGAGAAGACCAAGGCGUUAAAGCAUCAUCAGUGACCUGCUUUAUUAUUUCAGAUCGUUUCUACCUGCAUGAUUGUAAUUUUUGUCAUGAAAUCUGUUGUUUUGGUGGAUCUCAGCAUCAGCCAGGCCUGUAUAUACGAAGUGGUGCAGCUCUGCAGACAAUUAUCACAUUUAUAUUCAUGUCGAGUAUUAAACAGAGCUGAUGUCUGUUUCCAUUCUGAGGAUAAAUUGCCAUGUAUUGAAGCUUUUUAUUUUCUGUAUCCAUUUAAACUAAUUUUAUUCUUGAGUCAUUGUAUUUUUUUCUUUUUAAAUGCUGGUUUUAUGAGCUUUGCAUUGAUUGUAAUAAGCAUAGAAAUAAUGAAAAAAGAAAAUGUAAAUCUCUUUGUUUUUAAAUUGUCUUGUUUCCCCCCAAAAUUAUGUUAUUGCAAUAAAUGGGGAGAAAAUGGGGAGAAAAUCAUCUGGCAGUGCAGCAGCCAGUAAACACCACCUCAACACCACCUGAGGAGAACAGGAAAGGAAGGGGAAAGGAGGAAAAAUGGCAACACUGCCCUCAUGUGGUGGCUGAGGUGGAGGACGUGACAGUCCUUGAGAAUAAGAAGAAAAAAAUGCUCUUAUAUUUUGUCUUUUCAAACGGCAUGGUAUCUGUACGGUAUCAGCAUUGGCUGGUACCACACAGCCGGGUAUCAGCAUCAGGAUCUGGGACCAAAAAAUGGUAUGGACACAACACUAGUUUUUCAGUCUUUUUAUACAUGCAGUCUGACAGUGACCCACAGAACAGACCCUAAAUUCAGUGACCCUGUAUUCUACUGAAAUGAACAUGAAAUUGGUUUAAUAUUUAUUAAAACUGAUUUUAAUUGAACCAUUAAUAUUAUAUCGAAUAUAAGUAAAAUGCUGUUGUCAAGCUGUCAAAUAUUUGCUGAGUUCAUCA